CUCCAAUCACAGACAGAGGUGCAGCAGCACUGGAAGAGCUGUCUCUCUCUCUCUCUCUCUGUCUCCCUAUAUCCAUGUGUGCGGUGCAGCGCGACCGCGCUGAGCGCUGAACUCCAGCACUGUGCCGGAGAGCGGGGAACCCUCAGGAGCUUAAAUCCCCGCCUGUCAGACGGUGGAAGAGAGACGCUGAGGCACAGAGAAACAGGAGAAGAGAGAGAGAGAAGAGGAUCAGUGGAGGAGAAGACGAGAGUCAGAGCUGGGUUUCCCUGUGUGAAGGGAGAGGGACUUUGCCGUUUCUGCUCUGGGGCACAGGGUCCUGCUCACAGCGCAGUCUUUAGCAGCACAGACGCUCUGUGCCCGGUGGGUCGGGACAGGCUCCGCUCCCUCCACGCUUUCUCAGUGCCGCUCACGCGCUGCGCUCUGAACACCCCUCCGUCUGUCUGUGACCCCGCGUGCAGCGCGUUUAACCUGGGAAUGCUCCGCUCACCGCCUGACCGCCACAGAGACCGCGCCACGCUGGAGACGCCAGAGGAGAGGCAGUGACUCGUUAGCGUGGGGCUCGUUUUCUUUUUAAGUUACGUUUGGCUGCGCUCCGUGGGCUCUGCCCCCGCUCCCCCGCGCUCCCUGCGCCCCUCUCCGCUCCCGGGGCCGGGACUUCGUUUCGCCGUCUGCGUGGUGCGUGAGGCCGCCCGGCGGCGCCGCAGGCUGGGAUGCAGGUGUCCUUCGUCUGCACGGACCACCGGGCCGUGAGCCGCAGCACGGAGGACCGGCUCAACCGCCAGAAUGCCAACAGCCCCAGCAUGGGCACGCGGAGCAAGUUCCGCGCCGUGGCCAUGGUGGCCCGCAGCCUGGGCCAGCUCUCCGUGCAGAACGCGCCCUCCUCCAGCGACCAGAGCGUAAGGACAGGCAUGAAGUAUAGAAACCUUGGGAAAUCUGGAUUGAGGGUGUCCUGUCUUGGACUAGGAACAUGGGUGACCUUUGGAGGUCAGAUCACAGACGAGAUGGCAGAGCAGCUGAUGACUCUUGCGUAUGAGAACGGGAUCAAUCUGUUUGACACGGCCGAGGUGUACGCCGCGGGCAAGGCAGAGGUGGUUCUGGGAAAUAUCCUAAAGAAAAAAGGAUGGAGGCGUUCCAGUUUGGUUAUCACCACCAAGAUCUUCUGGGGUGGAAAAGCAGAAACUGAAAGAGGGUUGUCCAGAAAGCACAUAAUAGAAGGCCUGAAAGCGUCACUGGAGCGGCUGCAGCUGGAAUAUGUGGAUGUGGUGUUUGCAAACAGACCAGACCCCAACACGCCCAUGGAAGAGACAGUACGGGCGAUGACCCAUGUGAUCAAUCAGGGAAUGGCCAUGUACUGGGGCACGUCACGGUGGAGCUCCAUGGAGAUCAUGGAGGCGUACUCCGUGGCGCGGCAGUUUAACCUGAUCCCCCCGAUAUGCGAGCAGGCCGAGUACCACAUGUUCCAGAGGGAGAAGGUGGAGGUGCAGCUGCCCGAGCUUUUCCACAAGAUAGGUGUGGGUGCGAUGACGUGGUCUCCGCUGGCCUGUGGGAUCAUCUCAGGGAAAUACGACAGCGGGGUACCGCCGUACUCCCGGGCCUCUCUGAAGGGUUACCAGUGGUUGAAGGACAAGAUCCUGAGCGAGGAGGGCCGGCGUCAGCAGGCGAAGUUGAAAGAGCUGCAGGCAAUCGCGGAGCGGCUGGGCUGCACUCUGCCCCAGCUCGCCAUCGCGUGGUGCCUACGAAAUGAGGGGGUGAGCUCAGUGCUGUUGGGCGCUUCCAACACAGACCAACUAAUGGAGAAUAUAGGAGCAAUACAGGUUCUUCCAAAGUUGUCUUCGUCUAUCGUGCACGAGGUGGACAGCAUCCUGGGCAAUAAACCUUACAGUAAAAAGGACUACCGUUCCUAACGCGGGGCUGAAGCCCGGGCCGCGCCCCCCGCUCCGCCCGCCCCUUUUGCCUGUUCCUCUGUUUGCUUGAGCUUUUUGCUGAAUGAGAGACCAGCGCACGGGACUGGCGCUGCCUCAGUCCAGCAGGGGAGGACACGUAGACAAGCGAAAGAGAGCUAAACAAUAGAGUAAACACUGUAAGUCAAAACCCAACCCGAGGACAGGGGGGAGAAGCGGAGAAGCCAGGUCGAAAGGAAACGCACUCACAGAUAAACCCACAGAUACUUACAUUUAAGUCAGAAGAAAGGUUCUUUUAAAAUAU